UCUCGGAGCCGGCGAAAGUAUUUUUCACGUUGAACUAGUGAGAGAUUUCAGACCGUCUCUGUGGCUGUUUUUAUCUCUUUUGGCGAGGAAACUAUGGCGUGUCCCGUGUCCGAGUACACGUCUCGACUCCAGCGACAGGAAAAAGAUAUAAAGUUGCUUCAGGAUGAAAUAGAGAGACUGAAAAAUCCUCAGGAUCUAAACUUUGCAUCUUCACACCUGGAGGAACUGAAGGAGGAGAACAUCCGUCUGAAGUACCGCCUUAACAUCCUCAAAAAAAGUUUACAGGAAGAGAUGAGCCAAAACGGCAAGACUAUGCUGAACAUCAACCAGAGCUUGCAGCAGAUCUUUGGGGAAGCCAUCAGUACCGCCUACCCUGACCUGGAGAACCCUCCGUAUGCGGUCACCCCCAACCAGCAGGCAAAGUUUGGGGAUUACCAGUGUAACAGUGCCAUGGCAAUGGCUCAGAUGAUGAAAGCUAAGGGUCAGAAGGUCAGCCCAAGAGAGAUAGCGGAGAAGAUUGUGCAGAACAUUCCUCACAACGAGUUGAUUGAGAAAACAGAAAUCGCAGGACCAGGGUUCAUUAACGUUCACAUCAAGAGGAAGUUUGUCUCUAAACUUCUCUCAAACCUGCUCGUGAAUGGCCCCCAGCCACCUCCUCUGGCGAAGAAAAAGAAGGUAGUUGUGGAUUUCUCCUCGCCUAACAUCGCCAAAGAGAUGCAUGUCGGUCAUCUGCGGUCCACCAUUAUUGGAGACAGCAUGUGUCGACUCUUUGAGUUCCUGGGUUAUGAAGUGCUAAGGUUGAACCAUGUUGGAGAUUGGGGGACACAGUUCGGGAUGCUCAUUGCUCAUUUGCAAGACAAAUUCCCGAAUUAUCUCACCGUUUCCCCACCUAUCAGCGACCUUCAGGCCUUUUACAAAGAGUCCAAGAAGAGGUUCGAUGAGGACGAGGAGUUCAAGAAGAGAGCGUAUCAGUGUGUGGUCAAACUCCAGAGCAAAGAACCAGACUUCAUCAAAGGCUGGAACCUCAUCUGUGACGUUUCCCGUAAAGAGUUUCAGAAGGUCUACGACUGCCUGGGUAUCCGCAUCGAGGAGCGAGGAGAGUCUUAUUACCAGGAGUUGAUGACAGCCGUGGUGAAGGAGUUUGAAGGAAGAGGCCUGGUGCAGAUGGACGAGGGCCGGAAGAUAGUGUUUGCUCCAGGCCAGUCCGUUCCCCUGACGAUUGUCAAAUCGGAUGGAGGUUACACUUACGAUACGUCUGAUCUGGCUGCCAUUCGGCAGCGGCUGUUCGUCGAGAAGGCUGACAUUAUCAUCUACGUGACUGACAGUGGCCAGUCAUCACACUUUCAGAUAAUCUUCGCCGCCGCUCAGAAUAUCGGAUGGUACGACCCUGAGGUCACACGGGUGGAACACGCAGGCUUCGGCGUCGUGCUCGGGGAGGACAAGAAAAAGUUUAAGACUCGUUCAGGAGACACGGUUCGACUAAUGGAUCUUCUAGAGGAGGGUCUAAAAAGGUCCAUGGACAAGCUGAAGGACAAGGAGAGAGAUAAGGUGCUGACCCCGGAAGAGCUGGUGAAGGCUCAGCGUGCCGUAGCGUUUGGUUGCAUCAAGUACGCGGACCUCUCGCACAACCGCAUCAACGAUUACGUCUUUUCUUUUGACAAGAUGCUGGACGACAGGGGCAACACUGCAGCCUAUCUCCUCUACGCCUUCACUCGCAUCAGGUCUAUAGCCAGAGUGGCUAACAUCCAGGAGGACGCCCUGCGUAAAGCAGCCGAGACCACGGAAGUCUUGCUGGAUCACGAGAAGGAAUGGAAGCUUGGUAAAUGCAUCCUACGCUUCCCCGAGAUCCUGCAGAAGAUCACAGACGACCUUCUGCUUCACACGCUAAGUGACUACCUGUACGAGCUGGCCACCACCUUCACCGAGUUCUACGACAGCUGCUACUGUGUGGAGAAAGACCGGCAGACAGGGGAAGUGGUCAAAGUCAACAUGUGGCGGAUGCUCCUCUGUGAAGCCACAGCAGCUGUGAUGGCCAAAGGCUUUGACAUUCUGGGUAUCAAUCCAGUUGAGAGGAUGUAAACCGGUCAGCAUUUUCCUCGCCUUAACAUAAGACCUUUUCCAAAACAUCAUGUCCCUAUGGAUUUUUAUGGUAAACCGAAUAAAACUCACGUGACUGCCCAUAAA